GUGUUUAAAUCACAGGCAGAGAAAGUUUUGGGGUGAAGUUUCACUGUUUUGUAGUGGCAGCAGUCCUGGACAUGCUGCUGGAACACAGAGGAUGAGUUCAGCACCUUCCCUACAGAUGGUAUCUCUGUCCACAGCUCGUCUCUUUUACAUAGCGAGCCUUUGUUCACUGGAGAGUGGACGUCUGUGGGUUGGCCAGUCCAACUCCUGUCGGAGACUGAAGGUGACUGAUAAGGAGUCCAAAGGUCACAAUGGACCAGUAUGGGGUCAGUUUGGCUUUAAGGGGAAAAAGGGAGGCAUCAAAAAUUGAAUUGCCUCGUGGGAAAUGUUCAGUUCAUCAGCUUCAGCCUUUCAGCUUCGAUCAAAGAAAAGCCACCAGCUGUCUCUCGGUCCGAAGGAGCAGGAAAGAAACAAAACGUUAUUUAAAGGGUGUGAUUUAAUUGAACUGGAUUGUGUUAGGGCUUUCACUCCAGAGACGAUUUCUGUGGCGCUGUCACUCUGCUCUGCGUACUGUGAGGCAGCAGAUAACCAGAUCAAAAACUGAAGGUAGUUCGCAGUCACUCGGGUCUUUUGUUGGAUUUCAGAAUGAAACGUCAGAUGAGCUUCAGCAUCAGCGAGAGCUUUCUAACCGUCAAAGGUGCUGCCCUUUUUCUGCCACGGGGAAAUGGCUCAUCCACACCAAGAGUCAGCCACAGACGCAACAAGCACGCAGGUGAUCUCCAACAGCAUCUCCAAGCAAUGUUCAUAUUACUUCGCCCAGAAGACAACAUCAGGCUGGCUGUAAGACUAGAAAGUACUUACCAGAAUCGAACACGCUAUAUGGUAGUGGUUUCAACUAAUGGUAGACAAGACACUGAAGAAAGCAUCGUCUUAGGAAUGGAUUUCUCCUCUAAUGACAGUAGCACUUGUACCAUGGGCUUAGUCCUGCCUCUCUGGAGUGACACCCUAAUCCAUUUGGAUGGUGAUGGUGGGUUCAGCGUCUCAACAGAUAACAGAGUUCACAUAUUCAAACCUGUAUCUGUGCAGGCAAUGUGGUCUGCGCUGCAGAGCUUACACAAGGCUUGUGAGGUGGCCAGGAUGCAUAACUACUACCCCGGCAGCCUGUUUCUCACCUGGGUGAGUUACUAUGAGAGCCAUAUCAACUCAGACCAGUCCUCAGUCAACGAAUGGAACGCUAUGCAAGAUGUGCAGUCCCACCGACCUGACUCUCCUGCUCUCUUCACAGACAUACCAACUGAACGUGAGCGGACAGAGAGGCUAAUUAAAACCAGAUUAAGGGAGAUUAUGAUGCAGAAGGAUUUGGAGAAUAUCACAUCGAAAGAGAUACGAACUGAACUGGAAAUGCAAAUGGUGUGCAACUUGCGAGAAUUCAAGGAAUUUAUAGAUAAUGAAAUGAUAGUGAUCCUUGGUCAGAUGGAUAGCCCUACACAGAUAUUUGAGCAUGUGUUCUUGGGCUCGGAAUGGAAUGCCUCCAACUUAGAGGAUUUACAGAACCGAGGGGUUCGCUAUAUCUUGAAUGUCACUCGAGAGAUAGACAACUUCUUCCCGGGAGUCUUUGAGUAUCACAACAUUCGGGUGUAUGAUGAAGAGGCAACGGACCUCCUGGCUUACUGGAAUGACACUUACAAGUUCAUCUCUAAAGCAAAGAAACACGGAUCUAAAUGCCUCGUGCACUGCAAAAUGGGGGUGAGUCGCUCAGCCUCCACUGUGAUCGCCUAUGCGAUGAAGGAGUAUGGCUGGAACUUGGACCGAGCCUAUGACUAUGUGAAGGAAAGACGGACAGUGACCAAGCCCAACCCCAGCUUCAUGAGACAGCUGGAAGAGUACCAGGGGAUCUUGCUGGCAAGCAAACAGCGGCACAACAAACUCUGGAGAUCGCAUUCAGAUAGUGACCUCUCGGACCACCACGAACCCAUCUGCAAACCAGGACUGGAACUCAACAAAAAGGAGAUCACCACCUCAGCAGACCAGAUUGCUGAGGUGAAGACCAUGGAGAGCCACCCGCCCAUCCCUCCCGUCUUUGUGGGACACGUGGUCCCGCAGGAUGAGAAUCAGAAAGGCCUGUGCACCAAAGAAAGAAUGAUCUGCUUGGAGUUUACUUCUCGGGAAUUUCAUGCCGGACAGAUUGAAGAUGAAUUAAACCUAAAUGACAUCAAUGGAUGCUCAUCAGGGUGUUGUCUCAAUGAACCGAAAUUCCCUCUUGACAACUGCCAUGCAUCCAAAGCCUUAAUCCAACCUGGACAGGACCCAGAAAUGGCCCACAAGUUCCCAGACUUAACCGUGGAAGAUCUGGAGACGGACGCGCUGAAAGCAGACAUGAACGUCCACCUGCUGCCCAUGGAAGAGCUGACAUCCCGCCUGAAAGAUCUGCCCAUGUCCCCGGAUCCCGAGUCACCGAGCCCCCAGCCCAGCUGCCAGGCUGCAGGCUCAGAUUUCAGUGGAGAUCGCAUUGACUUUUUCAGCGCGCUAGAGAAGUUUGUAGAGCUUUCCCAAGAAACCCGGUCCCGAUCUUUUUCUCAUUCAAGGAUGGAGGAAGUGGGUGGAGGAAGGAGCGAGAGCUAUCGACUGUCAGUGGUGGAAGCAGCCCCUUCCGAAGCAACCACUGAUGACCAGAGAAGCAGCUCGUUGAGUAAUACUCCCCACGCAUCCGAGGAGUCUUCAGUAGAUGAAGAGCAGUCAAAGGCAAUCUCAGAACAGGUCAGCCCAGACAUCUUCAUGCAGCCGCACUCAGAAAAUGCGAUGUCAGUCAAAGAAAUCGUCACUGAGAUUGAAUCCAUCAGUCAAGGAGUCGGACAGAUUCAGGUGAAAGGAGACGUGCUGUCCAACCCAUGCCACACACCAAAGAAGCACAUCGCCCACGAGCUGCCCCUGGAGAGGGCGCAGGCCGCCACGAGCAGGCCUGGGAACCUGGAGCAGAGUGAAGGUUCCUGCUCAGCCCAGCCUGAGCCAGCCAAGGACUCAGGGAAGGGGCACCCCGAGGGGUGCCCAGGGGCACACUCCACUGCAGAGGUGGAAGAAGAAGAACCAGCGGAGGGGGAGCAAGAGCCCUGGGGCCCCGGGAUGCCCCCGGGUGCCAAGUGGUGCCCCGGGUCCGUGAGGCGAGCCACCUUGGAGUUUGAGGAGCGCCUGCGGCAAGAGCAGGAGCACCACGGCGCUGGCCCCGCGGGGCCCUCCCCGUCCUCCCUGUCCUCCCUGUCCUCCCGCAAGAAUUCCAGGAGCGACUCUCUGGUGGCAGACCCGGCAGCCAGAGGGAAGAGUGACGAAGCCACCCCAGAACUGUCGUAUGUCCCCAAAGAGCCAGAGACUAGCAGGGCCCAAGGGCGAUGCGGUGGGUCUGAGGCUGGCUCUUUACCACGUCCUGAGCAGCUUGCCAUUGUCCCGGCCCCUGAGCUGCGGGAGUCUCAUCCGGCGCCAGCACCUCAGGAUGGCCCGCGGCACGAAGGCGUCCUGCGGGAGCCGAGGGCUGUGGUCUCAGGCCAGGGGCCCGAAACACCAGCAGCCCCUGCUCCCUUUCCCAAGAAGAUAGAAAUCAUUGAAUACACCUACACAGCGCCAUCACCUGAUCCCAGGCCAGGGCGGGAAAGAGCCAGCAGUGAGAAGAGUGGGGCGCAGGGACUGAGGACUGUGAAGGUGGAAGAGGCCCUCACUGUCCUCUGUGCUCUGGAUGAAAAUCUGAACCGGACGCUGAGCCCCGACCAGGCUCCUCUGUGCCCCAGAGUGCUACCUCCGCCUCAUUCUCCCUCUCCCCAGCAGAGCAGGCCAGCCGACCUGCCCCCCACCCUGAGCAGCCCCGCCGAGCCCGAUGUCAGCCCCACAACCCAGCCGUGUGGCGCCAGCCCUGAUCACCUGCGCCCCCAGACGGUGAUUCACCUGGAAGGCUUCACGGGGCAGAGCAGCACCACAGACAGCGCGCCCUCCACGGAGCAGGGCAGCCGGGAAGAAAAUCGGGAGGGCCCCCUCUCCAGGGGCGGUGAAGUGCCAUACCAGGGCUCCCAGUUCAGUAGCGAAGACCUGCAUUUAAUCAGCCAACUGGGUGAUAAUACCGGGGAGCAACCGGUAAAACGGGACCCAACACCUGUAGCCCAUCAACUCCCACACAGCUCCAGUACAGACAGCAUAGAGAGCCUCAGUCAGAGCCCCAGGGUGGGGAAGGGACGCGCUAAAGAAAUCGAGUCCCGAGCGACUUCCCAGGUAGGGCCCCCCAAGCCACCCCAAAUGAGGCGUUCAGCUUCCCUCGCCAAGUUAGGUUACUUGGACCUCUGUAAAGACUGUUCACCAGAGAGGGAGUCCGUCUCCUCUGAGUCCCCUCAUCUCAAACUGCUUCAGCCCUUCCUCAGAACGGACUCGGGCAUGGAGGCCCAGGAGCCCCCAGAAAACCCAGACACCGCCCAGAACCGAGAGCCCACCAAGUAUUUCAUAGAGCAACUCAGAACCACAGGGCGUGUCGUGCAGAGCAGGCCAGUGCAGAGGCCCCUGGUGCAGUACGCCAAAGAGUUUGGUUACAGUCAGCAGUGUUUGCUCCCCAGGGCAGGGCCUGAAUUGACUAGUUCGGAAGGAGGCCUUCCUUCGGUACCGACCCAGGGACUGCAGGACACCGGCCCAGCCCCAGGGCUGGCUGUGGCGCCCCGACAGCAGCACGGCAGAACUCACCCCCUUAGGAGACUGAGGAAAGCGAACGAUAAAAAACGGACAACCAACCCCUUCUAUAAUACCAUGUGAUUCUGAGCCUGUACACGUGACUUUCUGAAAGAAAUGUUUGUAAAAGGGGCAGGUGUAAUACGUAAGGAACCAUGCACUUUAUUGGUUAAUUUUAUAAUGUUUUGGUCAUUUUACUGUUCCUGGCGCAUGCAGGGUUUGUUCCCCACCCCUACCCCGUGUGUGUGUGUGUGUGUGUGUGUGUGAGAGUUUGAUUUGGACGGCAAGACCAUUUUGUCAAAAAAAAAUUUUUUUUUUUUUUUUUUAAUUCAAACCUCAAAAAAAUACUCAUUUUCAAAGAACACCUUUAUCCAAGGCAACGUGCUGUUUUUCAAUCAGCUGCCACCUGCUCCUCAUUUUGCCCUCGGAGGAAAGGCCUGCUGGCUUGAUUGAGGAAGGAAGCAGAUGGGGAGGGUGGGGAUGAAGCUGGAAAUUGGAAGCGCUGCCUUAGGCCUGUGUGAUGAGGGUUUGGUCUCCAGACCUGAUGCAUUGGAUUCAGAUUUGCUGAAGGGGGCAGCCUGACGUCAGCGUGUUCUCAGCCCAGCCCAUUGGGAGUUCCUGAGGUGGGCAGACUGCUUUGCUUUCAAAGAGGGUCUUUCAGAAUUCAUCUCUUCUGGUCUCCAGAGUGUAUCAUUACAAAAAGUCAUGAUAACGGCUGGCUUUGUAAACCUAUCAAGCAAAUACAUUUUUUUUUUCCACCCCAAGCAAAUAAUUUUAUUAAAUUUAAAAUGACCUCCAAAUGAAAUCCAAGAGGUCCUCUGUAGAGGGAAGCCGAAUAGGAGGAGGUGAAAUUGGGGGUGGAGAGGUGGUCACACCCAGUAUCUUCCUGGUGGAUGGUCUCUACUAAGGUGGUCAUCCUACCCUUUCUUCCCCACCCCCUCUUCCCCCCUACCCCCCAGAAAUGUGCUGUGCAGCAUCCUCCCAAUGAGAAAACAUGAAAACAGGAUAGGGACAAGUUUGAAAAACAGCAACGGAAAGUGUGUUUGUCUAAAAUGAGUACAGACGCAGGGUUUUAACCCUCUUGUUACUUGAAUAAUUCUGUGGGCCUUUUGAGUUUUAUGGCCAUACUUUUUCCAAUUUAUUUCCCUCCCUCAUGCUGUUUCUCCCAACGCUGCCUAAUUUUUUUAAAUUUCACAGAUAUUUGAACUGUUACAUGACCUAUGUAUAACCUCCAUCGAAUGCAGACUUUUUCUUUUUAAUAUUAUCACUGUUAACACUUGACAUAAGUUUUCUUUUUUUCUUUUCCUGGAAGAUUUGUCAUUUCUCUAUAUACAGUAUUUAUGUACAUAAUGGCGUCACUUUCUUACAUUGUUUUGUUGUUAAUGUUAUAGGGUCUUUUUGAUUUAUCUAUUUUAAGAAGGAGUAAAGCUGCAACUGGAAGACCUACAGAUACCACAGAAAUAUAACUCAUGGGUGUUGGUAGGAAUCUGCAGAGUAUAUAUGGACAGUGGUGUGAUUUAAAUGGAGACUUCUAAUCACCAGCUCCUGCCAAAUUAUGCGUUAGUAACUUCCUCCUCAGAGAAACCCCCAAAGGCUCCCAAUUAGAUUGCAGCGUGACUGAAGGCUGAUGCCUCUUUGAGACUGAAAUCCCAGAAUGUUGUCUGCCAGUGGCUGAAUCAGAGCCAGAGAGCAUAUGUGAGUGUAACUGCUGCCCAGGUCAGAAGCCCCUAAUGGAUUGGGAUGAAGGGCCACAGGGAGGCCUCGGCAAGGGCAGGCGCCCCUAAUGACCACAUUUGGGAUGCUGUUGCUUUGCUGCUGUUGUGGAGGUCCUUAACGCAGGAGCACCUGCCGUAAAUACCCUGUUUCAGCUUCUUACAGAACACAUGUUUAGCCCGGAGGGAACGCCCUCUGCAGCUCCUCAGAACCAAAGAGGUCUGAAGACUGGCUUCCUGUGUGCUUUGGUCGAUGGCCACAUCGCUGAGAGACAGACCAAGCACAUAGCUGAGGUUUAGGUUUGGGAUUCAUCACAGCACUGAGAGAAGACGACAGAUUCACAGGCUGUGAAUGUGAUGUCAGAGGCCAGAGCUUGGUGAGGACAGGGUGACCCAAAGGAGACAGCAGAGGUGGACUGAGGCCACUCCUAGGUGCUCAAGACGAGCUGUGAAUCCAGUUGCCAUGAGGGGGCCAUGGUUGGGUCUGAUGUCCCUGCCAGGAGGCCAGUUAGACAGAAACCUCCUGUUCUAAGUGUUUUUUAAGGUGUAGUAAUGAUAGGUACCUGUGCUGUUCCUAAAUAGUUUCUUCAAUGUUCAGAUGUAUCAUCCACACAGUUUUGUGACUCCUGGAUAUUUCAUGUGUUGUAAAGUGUUCUGCUAGGCGGCAUGUUCCAGUGUGAGGAGACUUGCAAGACAGGGUUAUGAAUUUCCAGGGCUCACCCACUGGCACUGCCCUGUCUGGUUGAGGCAGUUCCAUCACCAAGAUGAUGGGGAAAGGACAGGAAACCGUGCAGGGUUGGGAAGAGGAGGCUUGGCAGGGAGGUAAAGAGAGUAAUGUCCACUCAGCGAAUCCCCUGAGAUGGUGACAUCCCUCAUACUAAGAAGUACACACCUGGGGGUUGGCAGUAUUGCACUGUUCUCGCCGUGGUGUUUAAUGUUCACGCUUACUGCAUUAAACUAGCAACAGAGAUGCGGGGGGUGGGGGGAACCCUCAAAUGCUGUGAAGGAAAAAAGGGUCUUGCUUUGCCUUUUUUUAAAAAUAAUUAUUAUAUAUUUUUAAUCAUUUAAUUUACCUGCCUAAAGAAACAUUCUCUCCAUGAGGUCUGUAAUUCAAGCAUGCCACAGGGUUUUGCCAGCCCUCAGACUCCCACAACUGAGUGUUCUUGUGCUAUUUACGUAGCUGAGUUCUGUCCAGGGGAAGUCCAUGAUAGCCUAUCAACAGCUUUCCAAACUGUAUUCUCUUCAAACAGUCUGAUAAUCUCGGGUGACCUGUUUCCCUUUUCUGUUCAUGGAGAACCCAGGCCCAGAGCAGCAGGUCUGGCCGAUUGACGGACGAGUAGGAGAAGUUCUGACCUCUCGCUAGGGCCUCUUGUUCUCUUUACUUUGAAAACUACCACAGCCUGACUCAGAAUUUGUUCUGGAGGGCUGUGUGAUUGUGUGUGUGUGUGUGUGUAAAAAGUCACACUGUGGUGCAUGGGGUGAAAGCCCCAGGGCACACAGAUUUUGAGCUGUAAUCUGGAUGGCUCUCUGGUCAGCAGGAAGGAGAAGCCCCCCCCUUUUUUGAUUUUAGAAACAACUUAGGCAUGGUGUGUGCUCUAGCAGACAUAGGACUGUACUGUAGUCAUCCUCAUCUCACCUCAUUUGGAUGGCCUUUCAGAUCCCGAAUGUUUGGGAUCAUUCCUAACAUUUCAGGCUCUUUAUCUAGCAUUCUCCUGAUUCUGUACCUGUAUCCCAGCUGGCAUUUCCUCUUUCUUGUUUUGGGAACUACGAAGAGCCCCAAGGACAGUCUGAGGAUGACCACCCAGGCUCUGGGGUCCCCCCUCCCCUUGCUAAAAGGCCCCAGACAGAUACUCUCAGAUAGACCUGAAGUUGCUGAGAGUAGCAGCUCACAGGAAUCUUCAUUUGUUCCAGCUGAGGAUUUCAGUUCUGAAGUGAUCUAGCCAUGUUUGGUAAAGAUUUUCUUUUUUUUUUUUUUGGUGGGAGUUCUCUCUCAAAGAAAGCAUUAUGCAAAAAGGGUCAUUUUCAAGGGCAUUUUCAAUUUUUAAAAUAAAGCCAUUCUUUGGCUUUUUUGAGCAACUGUCUGUGGAUACUUUGUUUACAUUGUGAGUAUUAAAACGAGCAUCAUCUUGAUGGCCGCUCAGUUUCCUCCUCCAGGCACCCCGUUCUGGCCAUCCUCACACAGAGCAAGGCCCUUGUGGUCAGCCCUCAUGGGGAAGUGGGGACAACCUGAAGCUGAUUUCCAUCUGUGUCCUGCACUCCCAUCCAACACGCUGUAUGGAAACAGUCGUCUUUCCUCAGUGAUGGUGUGGUCUUAUAGUGAUGGUUGUAAUGGUGAAUGGCUAGUGUUGUUUUUCAAUUUUGUUUUGCUUUUUGAUGGUAGAUGAGAUGAAAUCUUAGCUCUUUCAGCACCAGUCCAACUUAACAGCAUCUUGGAUUCGUUUUCCCUUCCAAACUAAAAGAUCAAGGCAUGUAUUAGGCAUAAAUGUAUUUGCUGCCUCAACUCAUCCAGGGGCCAUAUUAGAAUGAAAACUUGCCUGCCACCAGAGCAGGCAGCUGCCACACUCCUCACCCUUCUCCAGGGCUUGGGGUCCCUGGAUGCCAUGGAGGGCUAUUUCAAGAUGCUUCUGUACUGUUCCAGCCUGGAAGUGGAGGGUGACUGGGCCUGGCUCCUGCUGUGAAAAGAGAACCAGCCUCAUUUUCUCAGUGCCCCAGAGAUCUGGGACAGAAUUUCUAAACUGGAAUCAUCCCUCAUCAGCUUGAAGAUGCCCCAAGAGGUAUGUGACUAGCGCCACCAUCUGUGUCCCCACAGCAGCACUAGCGGUGGCCUCCUGUACCAGGGGCUUAACUCAAGCUGAUGACUCAGUCUGGAAGCUGGGUAACUUAACAUUUCAGGGUAAUUUCCCUGAAAUGUUUCCCCAUCAGUAAGUCCACAGGGAAUUGUUUGGUUUUUAUGUUCUAUUGGAAUUUGGUUUGCUUGGCAUAGCUUAAGGUGCCUUUUCUUUUUUCCUUUCUACUUUAUUUUGUAGGACUUGUUGUAAAGGUAGAAAACAAGUCCCCAAAGCCCCUCCCACUGACUGUUAACCUUUGCCCAGGCAACCCCAAACUUUUAUGCUCACGUUUUAUUAAAUAAAGCAGGUGCUCCCUGGAAUCUCUGGGACCUUUUUGAGGCAUUUGAAGCAGAAUAUAAAGAGUGGUCUCAUCUCCUUCCUUAAUCUUCCUGCUGGUUGGGAUGUUCCACUUGUAUCAUAGAUUUUUUAUUAUUGAUGUGCUCCGCUGUUUUUAAAUGUGAACUUGUGCGCAAAUGUGCAGAUUCAAUGUUCUUGUUACAGAUUGAAUAAAUUUUUAUUUUGAA